UGUAAAUAAUGUGAUAUAAAUGGUGGGCUUGCGUGCCUCAAAAUCGGAAUGGAAAGCAGAUAUCGAGAGUGUUGCAUCUAAUCAUCCCAAUGGGGGAAAUAGUUCCUCUUCAGCAUGCAUCGCUUCAAGUUUGUGGUGUUUCUGCUGCUGCUGGUAGUUCUGCAGGUUUACACAUAUCCCCACAAACAUCCUGGCUUCACGCAGCGUCUGCAGAUCAAUCCACUUUGCCUUGAACUCCAGCAGAGGACAACGCCAGGAAUAAUCUUCUCCCCUUUGGAGGAGACCACAACAGAGGCAGAGCUUGAUCAUGUGGGGCAGCUGCAGACGCAGCAGAAGUUCCCCUUGUGAUUGUAAGUGAUUCCCCUCGAUGCCAGAACCCCAGGGGUUA